UGGCUAUCUCUGGGWGGCUAUGGCGUUGCAUGGGUAUAGACCCUGCUAUUGGUACCACCAAAUUCGGUGGAAGCCUAUGUCCAGGGAGGGGCCCUGGAUCACGGCCAUACUCAACUAUGAUGGGGGUGACGAGCUGAGACUGAGGAUCAACGUGGAGGGAGGAAAAGAGGAGGAAAUGCGGACUGAUGGGAGGCUACAGGAUGCUAUCACUGAGACGAAAGACUGUGUGGAGAGGCGCUGUAGGAGAGACGGCGUGACAGUGAAAAUGCAGGUAACGAUCUCAUAUCAUGAGACCGAGACCUCGAUGGAGACGGCGGACUGGGAGCAGGACCACCUUGAACGAGACUCAGGUGGGGAGAGUGAGAUGAGCGAGGCGGAGGACCGGGAGACGGAUCUCAGGUCCUGGAUCAGACCAGGCGAGAUCCAGAGGCAUCACCGGGCUGCGAAGCCGGUGGAAGAGGGACCUGAGGCCAACUCACGACAGCUGACGCCCAGAGACCGUGGAACUGGGGGAAAAUAGAGCAAAGGGAAGAAACGGGUGUGAGGCGAGAAAGGAACGGCACGCGUGGCGAGAGGACCAGCAGUGGAGAGGCAAGUGCAGUAGGACUGGCACGGGGACGGUUUUUUUUUCGUACGAGAGGGCGGUCAACAAAAAGAGAGAGGGAGUCUUGGAAGGUGCGAGUGACGUCAACUGUUUUUUUCUCGUGAGACUGAACGCAGCGUAGAUUGAGUUUGCGGGGGAGAGAGGCAGGAUGAUUGCGUCCCGAAAGUCAAGUCGUGACUGAGUCUGUGCACGAGGGAUGGAGGCACGCAAGGAGAGAGAGAGGGACGGGGAGACACACGGGCAGUGGCGGUCUAGAGGAAGAGUAAAUGCUCCGUGUGAAG